AUGGGUCCUAAGAUCAGCCACAUAUUCUUCGCGGACGACUUACUUCUCUUUGUAGAAGCCAAAACGGACCAACUAAUCUGCAUUCAGGAAUGCCUAAAGGAAUUCAGUCAAGCUUGGGGUUUGAAGGUAAACUUGCAUAAGUCCAAAUUGUUUGUUUCUCUGAACAUUAAUUUAGAAAAUUCAAAUAUAUUAAGCGAUGUUUGUGGCAUUCCCCUCACGGACGAUUUGAGAACUUAUUUGGGAGUCCUGAUAAUCCAUAAGAGAGCAAAUACAGGUACGUACGCGUCUCGACAAGGUGAUGCGAAAACUGGCCGAUUAGAAAGGAAGGGUUCUCUCAACGGUGAGAAGAAGAGUUUAGUACAAUCUGUCACAGCGGCAAUAACAGUGCAUACAAUGCAGACCGCGACUCAACCAACGACGAUGUGCAACAAGAUUAAUAGUGUGAAUCGAAAUUUCCUAUGGGCAGGAGGCACCGACUAUGCCCAUAAUCAUCUGGUUAGUUGGGACAAAAUUUGUAACUCAAAGUAUCAAGGAGGGUUAUGUACGAAAAAUAAGAUCAACGAAUUUAGCAUUGAUGGCAAAAAUGAUUGGAGGAUUUAUAACCGACAAGAAACUCUUUGGUGCAAGGAGUUUAGAGAAAAGUACUUGAAACAAACUAACUUUUUGAAAACUAGAAAGCAAGGCAGCAGUACUGAAGACUCGCAAAGUGAUACAGAAAGUGGGGAGAACGAGCAGUGCCUUGGCAGAGCUCUGAGGAGCUCGGCAGGAACUGAUUUUGACGAAAUCUUGGGCGCGACAAAUAUCAUUGUCGAGAUGGAUGCAAAAUGGUUGGUUAACGACGAGUUAAUGGAGGACCACCCAAGCAACGUUCUAGUGAAAGACUGCAAGGAACUUCAAAGAGAAUGGUGGGUUAGCGAGAUUAGACACAUUGGUGGGAAGGUAACAGAUGCACGGACCGUUUAG